AUGAAGACUCUUUUCUUCCUAAUCUUUCUGAUUCGUAGAGCAUCUGCCUUCACCCAGCCUUCAAAGCAGAAAAUUUUCAUCAGGCAGAGUCCAAGCAGCUCAUUCUCAACUCAAGAUUCCAACAUCCAAAUUCGAUGUCCGAAAUAUGCCUCUACACGUCUCGAUGGAAAGAGAUGGCUACCCGAGUGGGAUGGGGAUGAUAUUCGUUUCCUAUCCCGUCUGAGACGCCGCAUUGGACGAUAUGAUAUCUCGAUCUCUACGAGUCGGACAAAGAACGCCCUGAUUACGGUUCAUUGGCUCUUUUUUCUGUACCAAACGGUCACAGCUGUCAAUGUCAUUCGCAAGGGUCACCGUUCAUAUUGGCCUAAGCAUGCACUGUCCAUUAUUGCUGAUGUUUUGUUGGGGAAGUCAGUUGGUGGGCCAUACAAGAAGGAUUUCUUGUACUCGAACGGAUUGGGAAACCGACAACCUCAUCGUUUCCUCACAUCAGGAUUUGUGCAUCAUUCAAUCAUUCAUUUUCUUGUUGAUAUGAUAGCGAUUCGAAAUCAGCCAUCAUGGCUAGCCAUGGGGCUCGGUGGACCACUCUACCUUACAACCUAUUUGAGUAGCAUUGUGGCUGGAAAUGUAGCACAACAAUGGUACAUUAAGAAUCCGUUCGAUCGCACAAUAUCGAUGGGAGCCAAUGGUGCAAUCGGGGGAAUCUAUGGACUCAUGUAUGUCCAACUAAUGAAAAUGGAAACUUCACGAGGCAUGUUUCGAGUGAUCAAGGGCAUGGGAUUAGUCUUCUUGAUUGGAACUCUCAUUGAAAACGUAAAUCCUGUUUCCCAAGUCGGUGGGUUUGUUGGUGGAGCAUUUGUUGGUAUUCUCUGUGCCCCUGGCUACAAGAAGAGCUACUCGUUGACGCGAAAAAAUAGCGUGGAAGUCGAUCCAUUGUCGAGGGAGUAUCGACAAGAGGUUGGGUAUGGCAUUCUACCAACUCGAGGAGGUUGGGUUCCACUUCCAAUCUACUGGGCAGUCGUAGCUGCAGCAAUUUUUCUUGCAGAUGAUAAAUAUCGCAUGAUUCCUGUCAAAAUAUUGAAAGGCCUUUGGAAUCCUGGUUCGCUAUAA